AUGAUUAGCGGGAUUCGGAGAGGUCAUCUUCGCACCCCUGCGGGCAACGCGGCGGGGCCCCUCGCCUCCCCGGCGGGAGUCUCCUGGCGGCUGCUGGGCGUCAGGAGCCCGGCGAGGCUCGGGACUGCCCCAGCGCGAGGCGCUGAUUGGCGGAGCGGGCGCCGCCGUCCAGGAAACGGCUCGGGUUUCAGCGGGGGGCGUGACCCGCCCGAGCAGGCUGCGGCGGCGGCGCGGGCGGCGCGGGGAGAGCGCCGGGAGAGGCGAGCGGCGGCGGCGGCGGCGGCGGGCGCGGAGCGGGCGCACGGGCGAUCGAGCGCGAGGCCGCCGGAGCUCCGGCGCGGGGGCUGCCUGCGCGUCCCUGGCCCCGCGCGGCGGCUGCUCCCCGGGCUGGCGGGGGCCGGGCGUGAGCCCCCGGGCCUCGGCGUCCCUGCGCGCUGCGAGCGUUCGCGGCUCGCCAGCAAAGUUUGCAGGAGGCAACGCCGAGCCCCGGUCCUUUCUUCGGCGGCCGCCCGGGUCCGAGGGCAGCCCCGGCGUCAUGUUCGGGCUGUGCUGCCAUCCGGGGUGCGCGUGAAGCCUCGGAACCUUGGCGCCGGCCGCGACCCAGGGGAAUCGUUCUCUCUCUCUCUCUCUCUUUUUGAGUUUUCCUCCGAGCUCAUCGCCUGCUCCAUCGCGACCUACUCCGGACUCCGGCGCAGCACCGAGCGGGCACAGAGGAGCGCUGCCAUUCAAGCGGCAGCAGCAGCAGCAGCAGCAGCGACAGCGACAGCAACAGCGGCCUGAGCUCAGCCACCGCCACAGUGCCCUGGCUUCUGAGCCCCCUGUGGGCUGAAGGCAUUGCAGGUAGCCCAUGGUCCUAGAGGAAGUGU